UAAAAUUUUAUUGUAUUAUUCUGGUAUGAAUUGGAUCAGUGCAAUACUCGGUAUAGAAUAUUGUUAAAUAAUUCUUAAAUAGUAUAGUAGUAAAUAACUGAUGUUAUAAAAACAAGUUAAGAUGAGCUUUAAAAAUAUGAUAUUCCUAUUGUAAGAUCUACAAAAUAUCUGAAUCUCACAAAAAAGUAUCAUGUUUAGUGUAUUUAGCAAACACUAAGUAAAAACUCUUAAAUGUAAAACAAAAAAGUUUUUAAGAAUGACAUAAUUGUUGUAUAAAUUUGAUUUGUUUAGAUGCAAAAUGUUUUAAACAUUCGAAAUUGCAUUAAUUACCAGAAGUCCUUUUUUUUGUUUAACAUUUUUUUUUUGUAUAAUUAUUUUGCUUUAAAAAUAGAAAUGUUUUUAUGUGCCAUGUAAAAAAAAAUUACACACUGAAUGUAAUUGUAUAGUAAUUAAUAACUUUUAAAUAAAAUAUUAUGGUUAUCGGCAUGGAUAUUGAGAGCUGAGCCUUAAACCUGCGCAAAAAAAAAUAUAGUUCUCUUUGGUGACAGAGGUGAGAAACAGUGGAGAGGUAAUCAUAUUGUCGUACAGUUCAUUCUUUUCCCGUUGCUUCAGAGAUAGUAAGCCUUUGGUACUUAUAUAAAGUGACUAAAACUAUUUUUAUUUUCUUAUUUUCAUUUAAAUAUUUAACAAAUUAUUUUCAUCUUACACAUAAAAUAAAGUAAAAUCGUAUUGGUGUGCAUCGUACGAGAAUCGCCAACUAAAAUGUUUGUGCCCUCUGCACGAUUCGCAAAGCGAUCCUCAAUCAGUCGCCGAGCGCUCAAUAUCGGCGUCGAUACUUUUAAUAAAAUAUGUAUAUCAGCAUUUACAUAAAUGUAAAUACUAAGAUAUUUCUUAUCACGUAAAUUAGUACUUAAGUUCGUAUAAAUAUGUAAUUGCAUGUUAUGAAUAUCAACUACGGUCUAGUUAUUAUAGAAUAUUCCAUUUUUCUUUGUUUUAUUUAUUUUUAUUCACAAUAAUUCUAGUUACGAUAUAAAUCAUUAAAUUAAAAAAAGUGCACAAAUUUAAAUAAAAAAAUAUUUACGCUGUUUAAAUUGCAGCCCUUGCCAAGUGAACAGCAACUUAAGACAUUUGAAACUGUCAACCGCUAACUGUCAUUUUACUGACAUUUAUCGAAACGAAAUAAUUGUGCCUUUAGAAAGCCUAUAGCAGUAUUUUAUAUUUUUACGAAGUUAUAAACUUAAAUGUAUUAAAGAAGAAAAAAAAAAAACAAACAAGUAAAUAAAAGACAUAUCAUGGUAAACUUUAAACGUUAUAUCACGCUGUAAUCGAGAAUCAUUGAUAAGUGCUGCGAACGCAGUGCCUUGUAACAACUUUAACAUUUAUUUAAAUGUGAUGAAAGUAAAAUCAAUUAAAAAUGAACAUGCAUCUUUUAUUUAAAACAUCGGUCGUGUUAGUGUAUUUGUGUAUAGUCAAAGCUGAAAUAAGCGAUGUUGAUCUGAAUGAUUUAUCGGAACAGCAGAAUGCGGUGAAAAUAAACAAAUGUUGCGAACCUAACGAGCUCAUGGUCGACUCGGUGUGUAGACUGGCCGAACAAUACAAUCAAAGCGUAUGGAAACCAGUUUUUAAAACGGAAGACGGUACAAUAACUUCUGUUAAGUAUUUUCGUUAUGUGAAUGGAGUGCCAAAUUGUUCAACGACUCAACAAAGGCCUAUUUUCGAUUUAGGAAAUUCCGAGGACGAACUGAAUCUUUUAUCCGACGGCCAUCUUCAGCAUUUGAUUCACCACCAACACAGUUCCGAUUACAUCAAAGAUGAUCCUCAAUUAAAUAACAUGUAUAGCAUUCAUGACGUUAUCACAAUACCAGAGAGGGAGCCAACAUCAUACAUACAUAAACAAGAUAAAUAUUGUUUGGACAAGACCUUAAUGACAAGUACAAACAUGACUGGUCUAUAUGCUUUAGUAUGUGUUCCGGAAGUUAAAAAUUGGAAAGAGACAAGUUUUCUUAUGAAGAAAGUAAUAAAUCCUCUAUUCCAUGCAAUUGCAAUGGUACUGUUUCUUAUUGUUGCUAUCAUAUACUUUGUGUUGCCGACGUUAAGAGAUUUAGCGGGCAAUAUUAUAACAAGCAUUAACAUCUGUUUGAUAGUAAGUCAGGCGGCUGAUUUAGUCAGAAUAUUUACUGAGUUCAGUAAUCACAUAAGUUUUAUGGUAACAGAUGUAAUAUUGUACAUGAGUCUACUGGGCGCAUUUUUCUGGCUUAACAGUUUUGGUUUCUACAUAUGGAAGACAUUUAAGUCCAGGAAUGUUUUUCUGAGAGUGACGGAUAUUCGGAAAUAUUGCUAUUAUUCAAGUGUAGUUUGGUCAAGUGUUGUGUUAAUGGCAGCUAUGGCUAUCUGUGCUCACUAUCUACUCGAUACUGGCAUUGAUCCAUACAAGAAGAUGCGGCUUUCUACUACUAUUUAUAUUGAAGAUGUUGAACAAGAAACAAUAGGAUGGUUAGGAAUAGCAGUAUUUUUCACACCUAUCGCUUUCACAAUACUCUUUAACUUGUUUUUCUACAUAACAACUUUAAAAGUCAUUAAAAGGAUAAACAUAUAUGGGAGAAUUCAUUAUAAGCUAAAAGGAUGUUUCAACUUAUUUGUGCAACUAUUCCUAAUAAUGACAAUGUCGUGGAUAUUCCUUCUGCUAUCGUGGCUCAACUUUGAUGGUUUGUUAUAUGCGUAUAUUGUAGUAAACUUACUACAAGCAAUAUUGAUAUUCUAUGUGUGUGUGGUAAGACAAUCUCAUGUCAUGUUUCUACUAAGAAAGAGCUGUUGCUACGCAGAGCCAAUACCUACUGGUGAGUGGGGAGAUGAGAUGACACAUAUGAAUGGCGGUAAUUAUUAAUAAACAUAAUCCCAAUGAAACAUAAAUCUAUUAAAAUAAUAUUAAUCUUAUAUAGCACCGAAAGACUAAUUUCUCAAAAGAGUCACAAGCAUAUUAAAAUAACUCUACUUUGUAAUCAUUGAUUUUCUAUGACUCAUGCAUAUUACAAAUUCCUUUGGAAAACCUGUUUAAAUGUAAUUCUCAAGGUUCAAGUUUAUAUAAAAUAUCGGAAUGUUUAUUAAAAAAAAUUACUUGACAAAAGUGAUCUUAACCUAGCUAUUGUGCCUUAGAAUAAGACAAACAGUAUUUUGGAUAGCAAUAUUUAAUAGUAGUUAUUUCGGUGCUAGUGUUGCAAUGAAUAUCAAAUGCUUUUCUAUAUAGAAUUUUUUAUGGUCUGAAAUGGUCUCAUUUUAACACGAAUUUUUAUGAAUUAGUUAUUCGAAUAUUUUACUAAAUUUAUUUACAAUAUUCUAAGUGAAAAUAUGGAAUAGAAUAAGGAAAAAUAUAUUAUGUGUUAUAAAUGAAUGUUUAGACUGGUUUUAUACAGACAUAAAAAUAAUUCGAGAAUUAAAAAGUUUGUAAGAAUA